GGAAGUGAGGUGGCCUUCAGUGAGCAAGCCGACGAUAAACACGUAACCAGACGGCCGAGGAUCAUGUAAAUUAUAAGCCACAUAUGUGAAGAGAUAAAAUGGACUAGCUGAUGAAGAGGCUACUUGUAUAUUUGUACAGGAGACGCCUGUGGAACUAAAUAGGGAGCGAGUGUUUUAUACACAUCGAGCUGUAUUCCUAGCUAACUCCAAAAUGGUGCGAGCAGCCUUGGUGACAGCCACCAGUCUGGCGUUGACUGGGGCUGUGGUGGCCCAUGCGUAUCUCCUGAAACACCAGUUCUACCCGACUGUGGUCUACCUAACCAAGAGCAGCCCCAGCAUGGCGGUGUUGUACAUUCAGGCCUUCGUUUUGGUGUUUCUGUUGGGAAAGUUCAUGAGAAAGGUCUUUUUUGGACAACUAAGGGCUGCAGAAAUGGAGCACCUCAUUGAACGCUCCUGGUAUGCAGUGACCGAGACGUGCCUAGCAUUCACUGUAUUCAGGGAUGACUUCUCCCCACGCUUUGUUGCCCUCUUCACACUCCUCCUCUUUCUUAAGUGCUUUCACUGGUUGGCUGAGGAUCGAGUGGAUUUUAUGGAACGGAGUCCAAACAUAUCCUGGGUUUUUCACAUGCGAGUAUUAUCUCUCAUGGGUUUGCUGGCCAUCCUGGAUUUCCUGUUUGUCAACCAUGCCUGUCAGAGCAUCAUCACCCGAGGAGCCUCAGUCCAGCUUGUUUUUGGAUUUGAGUAUGCCAUCCUGCUGACCAUGGUGCUGACCACCUUCAUAAAGUACGUGCUGCACACUGUUGAUCUGCAGAGUGAGAACCCCUGGGACAACAAGGCUGUCUACAUGCUCUACACUGAGCUCUUUACAGGGUUCAUCAAAGUGCUCCUGUACAUCGCCUUUAUGACCAUCAUGAUAAAGGUCCACACCUUCCCGCUGUUUGCGAUCCGCCCGAUGUACCUGGCCAUGAGGCAGUUUAAGAAAGCUGUAACAGACGCUAUCAUGUCUCGAAGAGCCAUCCGCAACAUGAAUACCUUAUACCCUGAUGCUACUCCUGAAGACCUGCAGGCCUCUGACAACGUCUGCAUCAUCUGUAGAGAGGAGAUGGUCACUGGUGCCAAGAAACUACCCUGUAAUCACAUUUUCCACUCCAGCUGCUUGCGCUCCUGGUUCCAGAGGCAGCAGACCUGCCCCACCUGUCGCAUGGAUGUCCUCCGCGCAUCAAAUAAUCAGACUCCAACCCCAGCCCAGGCUCCGCCCCCUGCUCCUGCAGCACCUGCCAAUGCUCCUGCAGCCCCACCUGCUAAUGUGGCUCAAAACAUGUUACCUGGUUUCCCACCUGGUAUGUUUCCCUUCUGGGGUCCCUUCCCAGUUCCUCCUCCUGCCGCCGAAGCAGCAGCUCCUCCUAAUGAUGCUCCACAAGUCAGUGCUGAGGCUACUCAGGCAGCUGGCACCAGCCAGCCGACCUCAUCAUCUGCAGACACCGCUGCCGCUGCAGCAGUUGCUGCUCCAGGGUCGGCAGUCCCAGGCUUUCCCUUUUCCUUCCCCCCUCCUCCUUUUCCCACCUCACCAUGGUUGCCCAUGCCACCACCUCCACCUUUUGUGUCUUCGAUGCCUCCGCCUCCUCCGUCUCUGUCCCGACUGUCGGAGGAGGAAUUGAGGGAGCUGGAGGCAGAGGGCCGACGUGGCCUGGAGGCCAGGCUCCAGUGUCUCCAGAACAUCCAUACCCUGCUGGAUGCCGCCAUGCUCAACAUUCACCACUACCUAAGCACGGUCGCCACGCUCAGCCCUCCUCGGGCAGAAGGCCACACUGGAGAACCCAGUGGGUCGGUUCCUGCUGCUUCAUCUCCUGCAGCUGAGGACAGCUCCACACAGGAGAAGGACUCCCCGAGCUCGGAUGGGGAGGGCAGAGACACGGCUUCCUUUGAGCCUACAGAUUCUACUCCUGUUGCAUCGGACACAGAAGGAGGAGAAAGGAGUCAGGAAGAUGUGGUGGAGACGUUGGAGGAUGGAGAGCCCAACACUGCUGAGCUGAGGCGCCGCCGCCUUCGUAAGCUGGAGACGUCAUCGCCAUCAUCUCCACCCCCCACUGAAGACUGAUUCAUGUGCUCUGCCUUAAACAUUUUGCCCUGGACCAACAGGAACUCCAAUCUGACUUUACUGUGGCGUCGGUUUCUCAUUGUCUCUCUGUCUGGAAGCUCUUGCCUUCCUCAGGUUUUCCAGUUGUGUGGAGUCGGACUCAGGCUGCUGAGCGAUGUUAUGGUCUGUUCUGCUUCUCUUGACUUUGUCUUUGUUUUAGAAAGCAAUAGGCCAACUUUUUGUUGUUUUCACCACCUUCUUUCUCCCUCUGAAUGACUGCUACACCUGCUGCAGGUGUUUGUACAUUUGAUCAGGUGAGAGACAAAUUCUUAUUGAAACCCUCGGUAAAUGUGAGAGAGACAGUAUUUGGAUUGUUGUUUGGUAGUUCUACUGUCGAUGAGGUCUUUGCUUGCACUUUGAUUUGUUUAUUUUAGCUUUCUUUAGUCUAAAUGCUCCCAGUGACCACAUUAGUAUGUUACAAACCAUCUGGAUCCGUGUCAUUGAUGCAAGUCAUAUCCGAGGAAGUUGAACGACAGCUUUGACUUUCUACUUUUUUAAUUCAUCUACUCAUCCAUCACUGUUGUGUUGCCACUGCUGAUGAUGUAACAUAUUGUUUCCAUCCUGAUGUGUAUAUUCUGUAUAAAGAGAUUUAACAGGUGAUCUCUAUAUAAUGGAGAUACAUGAUGCAGAAUAAACUGUCAGACUCAGCUGGCAGUAGCAGAACAGGUAUGUUGGGGUGUGUGUUUUCACAACCAGAGAUUUUCAUCCUGAGGUCUUGACAGUUACAAGAUGAUAAAUUUAAAUUAAUAAAAGCAGUUACAUCUGGGUUACUAUUACGCUAA